UUGUCGUGCACCAGACACCACGAUGGAUGACUAUCCGAUGUAUGGGUUGCUUGUUGGGUUCUCCCUCUAAGGGACCCUUUGGCGUCUCCUCUUUCCUCUGGGUUUUUUGCCCACUUUCACGUGUAGAGUAGGGACUCGGGGUGGUACUUCCACCCAGCCGUACACGAAGGAGGAAGAGGAGAAGAUGGUCGCCAUCCUGCAGGAGAGAAAGGAGGAGGCCAAGAAGAAGGCCUUGAUGGAGAUGCAGGCGGCCAAGUUAAAAAAGAUUGAGGAGGAGAUGGCCAGAGAGAAGGAGAGAUUGAAGAAGGAAGAGGAGGAGAAGUUGAAAGAGGUUGAAGGAGAAGAGGAAGACGAACAGCCACUGGACAAGAAAGGAAGAUGGGGGAGAGGGCAAUCCGGUGGAGAAGAUUUGGAGAAAAGAAUAUUCGAAUGGGUUGCCAAUCUGUCUGUGGGAGAAGAAGAGGAAAUUAUGAUGUACAUCCCAAAGGAUGACCAAGAGGCUGCCAUGAGGGCUUGGGAUGCAGAGAAAGAUCCUCUCAGACGAAAGGUGAUGGAAGAUGAGAAAAGGAUGGAGUGGAAAUUAGCAGUGAUGAGGGAGAAGAAGAGGAGGGUUGAUGCGGCAGCAGUGGUGGCAGAGGAAUUGGAGGAGGUAAAGCAAAUAAAUCAGCAGUUGGCCGCCCAGGUUGACCUCCAGAAAAAGGUAGAGGUCAUAGCCCAAAACGUAGCACGCUUAGCACGGAUUCAAGAAGAGCAGUAUGACUUCAGCAGAAGUCAAGAUAUUGUCGUGCGUUCCAUGCGUGUGGGGUUCCGGGAUUUUGCUCGUGAACUGGUGGGCGCAGUAGGGGCCGAGGUACAACAUCGCCUCGACAAGACGGAACGCUUUUGCGUAGGCGCCAUUGAAGGCGUCAAGGCGGCAGCUCCCAAGGAGGAGGAAGCACGUCCUCCUCGCCGGGAGCCUGUCAAAGUCAAGUUCCCCGAUUCCUACAGCGGGAAGAGGGAGGAAAACUUUGAAAAUUGGGAGGCCAACGUUAAGACCUAUGUGCAUUUGCAACAGGUCUCCCCGGAUCAGCAAGUUCUGAUUGCGAUCCACGCGCUUAGAGAUGAGGCCGCCAGCUUCGCAAGGUCCCUAGUUCGUGCUGGCAACUGCGAUGACGAUCCAGUUGCGUACUCCUCGUUCACUCCCCUCACCGACUUCAUAAAAUUGUUGCGCGAGCGAUUUGCUGAUGUCGCUCGCAGUGUCAAGGCCUCAGAUAGGCUUCAGACCAUCCACUCGCGCCAAUGGAAGAGUGUCAGGGCACUCAAAGGCACCAUGGACGAGCUAGUGGCUGUCCCUGACCAUGGGGUCACUGAGACCCAGUUGGUCAACCUCUUCUAUCGGGCUAUGCCCGAGUCGCUGCGUGGCCACUUCUUUACGAAGAGCCAGGACCCUGCUAUGACCUAUGAUGCACUUAGCAGGGAGAUGGUCGCGUUCGAGGCGAAGUCUGUGCCAGUUUCCACUUUCUGGCACAAGGACUUAGACAAGGGAAAGAAGUGGAAGGGCCGCACUAUCUCAGGGCAAGUGAAGACUAAGGAUAGCCUUGUCCUAACUCUAGAUGAGGGUAGUGUGGAUGAGAUCCCCUACGAACAGAUUGAGUGGGGGUUAGAGGAAGAAGACAGCGGUGCGGGCCAGGGGAGAACUUACGCUACUGUCGCGGCUGGAGGGAGACCGCAAGGAGGAGGACGAGGCCAGGGCCAAGGGGGUCGGGCCUCAGGGAGCCGGUUUCAAGGCGAUCAGGGGGUUGGCAGCAGAGGAGGGAACCGCCAAGCGGAAGGAAGGGGUCAAGGUCCCCCUCAAAACCGUCCUAGGAACAAGUCUCCCUAUUGGGUAGGAGGAUGGCACCCGGGGCUACCGCAAGAGGGAGUCCAGGCGUAUUUUCGCCUAGAGCAGGAUGGGAAAGUGGAGAAAGUUCUCCAUUCCCUGACUCUCCUCGUAGAAGAUAGCCUCCCAUUUGAUAUAGUCCUAGGUAUGGACUGGGGAGAGGCAGCMGGGGCCACACUCCAUUUGAGAGAGCACGAGUGUAGGCUCCCUAGUCCGUCAGGCGGUGUUAAGACUGCCCGCCUGUUCCAUGUGUCAGGAGUAGAUAACUCCCUGGCACAUUGUUGCCUUAGUGCUCCUGCCUUUGCACGACUAGUGAAAAAGGAGCAGCUAGAGGAACAGGUUUUCGUAGCCUAUGUUAGGCCAGUCACUGAGCCUAAGGAAGAGAAGCCCAUAGACCCUACUAUUGCCAAGUUGUUGGAAGAGUUUAAGGACUUAGCUGAGCCGCCGACAGGAACAGUGUCGCGGCCCAUCCAGCACCGCAUUGAGAUAGAGCCUAGCAGUAGAACUCAUAAGGGCGCUGUGUAUAGGAUGUCCCCGCGGGAGUUGGAGGAGCUUCGCAAGCAAUUGGACGAGCUCCUCGAGAAGGGUUGGAUUAGGCCCAGUUCAUCUCCUUUUGAAGCACCUGUCCUCUUUGUCCCCAAGAAGGAGGGAGAGCUAAGAAUGUGUAUAGACUACAGGGGUCUGAAUGCUAUUACAGUGAAGAAUGUUGAGCCACUGCCUAGGAUAGACGAUCUCUUAGAUCGAGUGCAGGGGGCCAAAAAUUUCUCUAAGAUAGAUUUGAAAUCCGGAUACUAUCAGAUAGAGGUCCAUCCUGAUGACCAGUAUAAGACAACUUUUCGGACUAGAUAUGGGCACUACGAGUUCAUAGUGAUGCCCUUUGGACUAACAAAUCAGCGGUGUAUAAAUGAUUUGUUUAGGCCGUGGUUAGAUAGGUUUGUCAUAGUCUACUUAGAUGACAUCUUAGUGUUUAGCAAGACCCUCGAGGAGCAUCAGGGUCAUCUCAGGCAGGUCUUGGAGAAGCUGAGGGAAGCUAACUCCAAGAUCAACGCAAAGAAGUGUGAUUGGGCGAAGACCCAAGUUUUAUACCUAGGCCACGUCUUAGACGGAAACGGCGUUAAGCCCGAAGAUAGCAAGAUCGCAGCGAUUAAAGAUUGGUCGACGCCACGUACGUUGACAGAGUUGCGGUCGUUUCUAGGCCUAGCCAACUACUAUAGGAAGUUCGUAAGGAACUUCUCCACCAUCGUUGCGCCCCUUCGCAGAUUGCUCAAGAAGGAGACCAUCUGGAAGUGGGACAAGGACUGCACGUCUGCCAUGAAAAAGUUAAAACAGGCAUUGAUAGAGUAUCCAGUCCUUAAAGUCGUCGACCCGUCCUUGCCCUUUGUUGUCACGACAGAUGCUAGCCAAUACGGCAUAGGUGUUGUUUUGCAGCAAAACGAUGGCCAUGGUUAUAGGCCCGUAGAGUUCAUGUCCGCCAGAAUGCCUUCAGAGAAGGUCGCAACAUCUACCUAUGAAAGGGAACUCUACGCUCUCAGGCAAGCAUUAGACCACUGGAAGCAAUACUUGCUUGGGAGGCACUUCAAAGUCUAUUCAGACCAUGAGACGUUGAGAUGGUUAAGGACGCAGGCCAAGAUGACACCUAAGCUUACUAGGUGGGCCGCAGAGAUAGAUCAGUAUGACUUUGAGCUCAAGCCAGUCAAGGGAAAAUACAACGUAGUUGCGGAUGCUCUGAGCAGGAGAGCUGAUUACUUUGGGGCAAUAGUGCAUUACCUAGACAUAGGGAAGGACCUGCAGCAGAAGAUUAGAGAAGCCUAUGCGCAGGACCCUAUCUAUAGCGGCCUCCUCAAGAGGGUCAAGGAGGCCCUAGAGACUGAGCCGAACUACCGCACUACUGAAGGGCUGCUUUUUGAGAAGACUAAUGUAUUCGACCGCCUGUGCAUUCCCAGUAGUGAAGAGAUCCGUAGUCUGAUUCUGGGAGAAUGCCACGAUACAGAGGGUCAUUUUGGUUGGCAAAAGACUUUAGCCAAUCUCAUGCGCGCCUAUACCUGGCCAGGAAUGAAGAAUGACUGCGUAGAGUAUGUUCGCAGUUGCAAAGUCUGUCAGCGCAACAAGACUUCUACGCGUGCCCCGUUAGGUCUUCUCAGACCCUUGCCCAUUCCGGAUCAGUCGGGAGACUCAGUGUCCAUAGACUUCAUGGACACUCAAGUCAAGAGCAGGCAUGGCAAGAGCCAAGUCAUGGUCAUAGUUGACCGUUUUAGUAAGUACGCAGUUUUUGUUCCUUUGCCUUCAGAGGGACGUACUGAUUUAGUCAUACAGAGGUUUUUUGACUGUUGGGUGAGUGAGAAUGGAAUCCCACUGUCCAUAGUUAGCGAUAGAGAUAGUCGCUUUACUAGCCUGAACUGGCAAGAACUCAUGGGAGUUUAUGGAGCUAAAUUGUUGAUGUCGUCCGACCGUCAUCCAGAGACUAACGGUCAGACAGAGCAAAUGAACAAGAUCCUACAGCAAGUUAUGCGCAUGUACAUUAGGCCAGAUCAGAUUAACUGGGAUGAGAUGUUGCCUAAAGUAGCUAGUGCGUAUGAUAACAGCGAGCAUUUGUCCACCUACCGCACUCCCAACGAACUGCACAAGUCCUUUAGACCGCGUAGACCGUUUGAGGCACUCAACCGGGAUCAGAUUCACAGAUUACCGCCCGGGACCAGGGAGUUUGCUGUACAGCACGAGAAAGAACUAGCUACUGUGGUACAAAACCUAAGGAAGGCCCAGCACAGGAUGAUAGAGCAGGCUAACAAGCAUCGUCGCCCCUCAUAGUUCCAGGUAGGCGACUUAGUCUGGGUCACUUCUAAAGAGUUUGCACCUGAGGAGAACAUCUCGCAGAAGUUACUGCCCACCUAUAGAGGACCGUGGCCAGUCUUAGAAGUCAAGGGCGGCGAAGAUGGACCGUCCUAUACCAUAGAGCUCUCAGCACACCUCCACACUUACCCAGUUUUUCAUGCAUCGAAGUUGUUACCUUGUCAGACAAGCGACCAGUUUCCAUCCCGCAGGUCUAUGAUUUCGCCAGAUAUGGAUGGAAGGUAUGACACCGAUGGCAUAGUGGCU